AGCAGAAGUUUUCUUAAGUGAGAAAGAAAGACUUCGGAGUUGACACUUGAGAACAAAGAGAGGAGGAGAGUAAUGGAUGGUUCAGGUCCGAGAGAAGGAGGAGGAGCUUUGAAACCAGCGAUUCUGAGAGUUUGUGUUGCUAUUGUCAUAUCAGCAACUGGUUUGAUUUUGGCCAGGUUUGUGUCUAGGAAAGAAGAUAAUGAGGUAACUUCUUCUUCAAGCAAUCCAGGUUCUUCUUCACCAGCUAGCAGAAGAAACGACGGAGAAGAAGAAACAGAGAGCCUAGAUCACGAGAAGCAAGAGAUCCUCAGUUUAAAAUCCAGAUUCGAGGAGCUUCAGAGGAAAGAAUACGAGAUGGAGUUGCGUUUCGAACAGUAUUGUAAUUUGAAAGAUCAAGAAGUCAUGCUUAUGGAGCAUAAAAGCAUGUUGAGUCUUGAGAAAUCUCAACUAAGUUCUUUCCGUAAAGAAGUUUUGGCGAUGGAGGAAGAACACAAGAGGAGGCAAGAUUUGGUGAUUGUGUAUCUCAAACUUGUGAGAGAAAUCCAAGAGUUGAAAACAGAGAAUGGGUUGCUUGAUGUGAAAGCAAAGAAUCACAGGAGAAGUACAAAGCAGUUAUACCGAGUCCUAACCGAGAAAAGCAGGAGAACUGUUGGCUUAGAAAAAGAGUUGUUGAAGUGUGUUGAUGAAUUAGAAGCAAAGAAUAAGGUUGUGAAGGAACUGGAUGAUGAAGUUAAAGACCUCAAAGCUAACAUUGGCGUGCUGCAAGAGGAGAAGGAAGAGAUUUCUAGGAGAUCUUCUGGUUCAGAAGAAUCAGAGGAAUUAGAGAUGGUGAGUGUAAAAAACUAUAGAAGGGUAUUAGAAGAGUAUGAGGCACUGAAGAAGGAUUAUGCGAAUGGAGUGAAGGAAGUGAUUAACUUGAGAUGGAGCAAUGCUUGUUUAAGGCAUGAGGUGAUUAGAAGUGGAAUGAAUUAUGGGGAAAAUGUGUUUUCUCCAAAUCAAAAUUUGCAAGAGUUGGGUAUGGAUGAUCAAGCGGAUAAUGCUCAGGCACUGACAGUAGCAAAUAAUCAUCAUGAAGAUGAUCAAAUUAAUCAUCAUCAUCAUGAAACUUCAAGGAGGAAGAGAUUGAUGAAGAAGUUGAAGAAAUUGGUUGAAGGAAACGACAAGGGAAAAUCAAAAGCAGAGGAAAGAUGUUUCGGAAGACAUUCUUUGACAGUGGCAACUGAGGAAGAAGAAAUGUUUCAUUCAAGAAGAUCUUGUUCUAGUGUGUAAUAAUAAUUCUUGUUUC